ACUCCGCGCCGCGAGUGCGCGCCCCGCCCCGAGGGAGGAGCGUGCCCGCUCCCGGCCACUUGGCCCCAACUGUAGCCCGCGGCUGCGACCCGGCGUUCCCAGCUUUCCCUCCUCUCCGGCUGUCUCCUGCCCCCGCCUCCGCCCUCCCUCCCCGGGCUUUUCCCGCCGCCUCACCCGGCCCGCCCGUCUGCCUUUCCAGUCUGGCCGGCGGGGGCCGCACGCUCGGCGGCUCAGGCCGUGGGACCGUGGUCACACCCUUACCAGAAAUUCUUGGCUGGUAAUCGCGAAGCCGACAGGGAGCAAGAGCUGGGAGAGCUGGAGAAAACCGCUCUAAUCUGACUUGAUUCUGGCAAGAAGUGGACCCUGCAUCGUAAUAACCAACAUUUGCAAAGCGGUCUCAGAGGCUCUAGGGUGAUUCGUCUCAGAGAUUCUUCAAGAACUGAGCCCUUUGCAGGACUCAUGCCCCAGCCUGUGCCCCCAUGACCAGGCGGAUAGCACUCCUUGUGCCUGCGACCCAGAACCCUGGCUGACCACAUUGAAGCAGGAUGCUCCAGCAGGUUAAUGGCCACAGUUCAGGCUCUGAUGCCCAUGGCAGGGAAUCCCUCAGAGAAGACCUGCAGGAGUUCCUGGGCGGGGAGGCCCCGCUGCACCAGCUGGAUGACCUCACCAAGGUGAAUCCUGUGACGCUGGAGACAGUUAUGUCUCCAUUUGAGCCAGAGUUUGCUAAAGGCACCUCUGCCUCAGUCCUGAGGUGUCUGCAGGCCCGGUACACAGCAGACACGUUCUACACCAACGCUGGCUGCACCCUGGUGGCUCUGAACCCCUUCAAGCCCAUCCCUCAGCUCUAUUCACCAGAGCUGAUGCAAGAGUACCACGCUGCUCCUCAGCCCCAGAAACUGAAGCCCCACAUCUUCACUGUGGGUGAACAGACCUACAGGAGUGUCAAGAGCCUGAUCGAGCCAGUCAACCAGUCUGUUGUCGUCAGUGGAGAGAGUGGUGCUGGAAAGACAUGGACGUCCCGCUGCCUGAUGAAGUUCUAUGCUGUGGUGGCCGCCUCACCCACGUCCUGGGAAAACCACAAGGUUGCAGAGAGGAUCGAACAGCGAAUCUUGAACUCCAACCCUGUCAUGGAAGCUUUUGGGAACGCGUGCACGCUGAGGAAUAACAACAGUAGCCGCUUUGGGAAGUUCAUCCAGCUCCAGCUGAACAGGGCCCAGCAGAUGACUGGAGCUGCAGUUCAGACCUACUUGCUAGAGAAAACUCGAGUGGCCUGCCAGGCCUCCAGUGAGAGGAACUUCCACAUCUUCUAUCAGAUCUGCAAAGGAGCCAGUGCAGACGAGAGGCUCCAGUGGCACCUCCCUGAGGGAGCCGCCUUCUCCUGGCUGCCCAACCCAGAAAGGACCUUGGAAGAGGAUUGUUUCGAGGUGACCAGGGAGGCCAUGCUUCUUUUGGGCAUCGAUGCCCCCACCCAGAACAACAUCUUUCAGGCCCUAGCUGGACUGCUGCACCUCGGCAACACCCGGUUUGCUGACUCCGGGAACGAAGCCCAGCCCUGCCCACUGAUGGACGAUGCUAAGUGCUCUGUCAGGACAUCGGCCUCACUGCUGCGGCUCCCAGAAGACCCUCUGCUGGAGACACUGCGGAUUCGGACCAUCAGGGCAGGCAGGCGGCAGCAGGUGUUCCGGAAGCCCUGCUCCCGGGCCGAGUGUGACACCCGCAGAGACUGUCUGGCCAAACUGGUCUAUGCACGGCUGUUUGACUGGCUGGUAUCGGUGAUCAACAGCAGCAUCUGUGCGGACCCCGACUCCUGGACCACUUUCAUAGGCCUGCUGGAUGUGUACGGGUUUGAGUCCUUCCCCACCAACAGUCUGGAACAGUUGUGCAUCAACUACGCCAACGAGAAGCUGCAGCAGCACUUCGUGGCUCACUACCUCAGGGCCCAGCAGGAGGAGUACACAGCUGAGGGCCUGGAGUGGUCGACUGUCAGCUACCAGGACAACCAGACCUGUUUGGAUCUCAUCGAGGGGAGCCCCGUCAGCAUCUGUUCCCUCAUAAACGAGGAAUGCCGCCUUAAUCGGCCAAGCAGUGCAGCCCAGCUCCAGACACGCAUUGAGAGUUCCCUGGCAGGCAGCCCCUGCCUGGGCCACAACAAGCUCAGCCGGGAGCCCAGCUUCAUCGUGGUGCAUUAUGCGGGGUCUGUGCGGUACCACACCGCAGGCCUGGUGGAGAAGAACAAGGACCCCAUCCCCCCUGAGCUGACCAGGCUCCUGCAGCAAUCCCAGGACCCCCUGCUCAAGGUGCUGUUUCCUGCUGACCCUGAAGAGAAGUCCCAGGAGGAGCCCUCUGGCCAGAGCAGGGCCCCUGUGUUGACCGUGGUGUCCAAGUUCAAGGCCUCCCUGGAGCAGCUUCUGCAGGUCCUGCAUAGCACCACACCCCACUACAUUCGCUGCAUCAAGCCCAACAGCCAGGGCCGGGCGCAGAUGUUCCACCAGGAGGAGGUCCUAAGCCAGCUGGAGGCCUGUGGCCUCGUGGAGACCAUCCACAUCAGUGCUGCCGGCUUCCCCAUCCGGGUCUCUCACCGGAACUUCCUGGAGCGGUAUGAGUUACUGAGAAGGCUCUGUCCUGGCGCAGCCCCCAGCCCCCAUGGCCCACCUCCAGAUGAAGGGCGCUCAGAAGGAGAGAAGAGGAGAGAAUUGGCCACGCCCGGCCGGUGGGGAAGAGAGGUCUGGGGAGGCUGCCGAGCCCUGCCCAGCCAGUGGAGACAUCCGCAAGAAUGGUCUCCACACUCCGAGCAGGCCACGCUGCAAGCCCUCCUCCAGGACAUCCUCCACACUCUGCCAGCCCUGGCUCGGGCACCAGCUGAGGCCACGCCAGCCCCAGUGCACUGUGGCAGGACCAAGGUGUUCAUGACGGACUCCACGCUGGAGCUUCUGGAACGCGGGCGUGCCCAGGUGCUGGAGCAGUGUGCCCGCUGCAUUCAGGGUGGCUGGAGGCGACACCGGGGCCGCAAGCAGGAGAGGCAGCGACGGGCCGCCGUGCUCAUCCAGGCAGCUGUUCGUUCCUGGUUGACUCGGAAGCACAUCCAGAGGCUGCACGCAGCUGCCACGGUCAUCAAACGCGCGUGGCAGGAGUGGAGAAUCAGAAUGGCCUUCCUCGCUUCUAAAGAACUGGAUGGUGUGGAAGAACAACACUCGUCUCAAGUCACCUGUUCCCCGAGCUCCUUUCCACUGCCCCAGGCACAGACCAGGCUCCUGGGGGCAGUAACCCGCUUCUGGCCCCUGGGACUGGUCCUGGCCAACGCCGCUGUGGGUGCUCGCGGCUUCCGGAGGAAGCUGGUGGUCUUCGCCUGCCUCCCGCUCCCCGUGGGCAGCCCCAGCAGCUACACUGUCCAGACAGCACAAGAACAAGCUGGAGUCACGUCCAUCCGAGCGCUGCCUCAGGGUUCGAUAAAGUUUCACUGCAGAAAGUCUCCACUGCGCUAUGCUGACAUCUGCCCUGAACCUUCGCCCGACACUGUUACUGGCUUUAAUCAGAUCCUGCUGGAAAGACACAGGCUGGGCCACGUGUGAUCUCUCCUCACGUUCCAUCCUCACCUGGCCGGGCCCUCCCUGGUGCCUUUGUUUCUCCAAGGCCUUUUCCUGCCAGCUGCCUUGCCAAAGACAUCUAAUCAACACACAGCUGCCAAACAACUCCCACAGCGACUCGGAGCACACGUCGGGGAGCCACGGCUCCAGCCUGCAGGCCAGGCCGGGGCGGCAGCUGCACCAGUGGCCCGGGGCACCGAUCUACGCCUCCAGCCCUGAUGGGUGUCAGGGCUGGUAGCUACCAAACCUGGAUUAAGAAACUUCAGGGCCUUCACAGACCCCACUCGGUGGUGCUGGACAGCAGGCACCCCGCUCCUCCAACCCCACAGGCAAAGUCAGCUUGAAAUGAGCUCUAAAAUUUUGGCUGGCAGAAAUUUUGCCUUUAGUUCCUUUAAAAGGAACAAAGCCUUACCAUUUAAAUAUUUGUUGUUUAAUGUAAUUUCAAGCAACUAGAUUAUAAAUCAAGAAUUUGAGCAAUGCAAUGCACCACAGAACCACCACACUUUAAUUUUAUUUUGAAACACUGAGCAAGUUUUAACUCAAAUGGGUGUGAAAGCCAUAUCAUUUAUGUCUUAA